UUCGAAAAAGUCACCUGGGCGUUGAACAAAAGCAUGAUGUAACGUGUCGGUUCUAGAAUUAGUACAUCAUCCUCAACAUGCAGUAUUGUGCCCAUCCUUUGUGCUGGCGGAUCGCCUCUGUUUGGAGAGGCCUUUAUUGAACCAACAGGGAUAGAAGCUGGAUUAGCACAAUGCCCAUCCAGUGCAGAGUGGCACAUUUCAUCUGACAGCCAGACUGUUGCUACACACACACAAAACUUUAAACAUUAUUUGAAACUAUCCAAACUAAAAAAUGCAACCGGCGUGGUACCGAUUGAUCUGUAAGAGUAAGAUAUGACGCAAUCAUCUGGCUCAUCAACCUCAAUGUAAAAUGAUAGUUAGUUGUUGGUCUUCGUUAUCAACACCAGCCCUACAAGAACAAUGAGCACAAUAUAUGUUUGUGAUAGACUGUACACAGUUUGGUUUUUAUAUAUAUUUAGUUAAAAUAUGCCUGCAUGACUGUUCAAGGCAUUUAAAAAGAGAUGUCGUGUUUUCACUACCUCACAGCUGGCUUUAAUAAAUGCUGUCAAACCUUAACACAAAUACCAUCCACAUGCAUAUAUCACACAUACAUAAAAUACAAAGAUCCCCCGUGUAGCCUUCACAGAAUGUUGGGGCAAGUGCCGUUAGCGAGCACCUAUGAAGGCCGGCACGGCACACGAGGGGGUGGGUGGCCAGCACCACUCCCGACCGCCUUUGUCUCCCCAGUGGUCAUGUUUUACACACCGCACCAGGUACUCAUUUGAGGCUGAGUCGACCUAGGGGAGGCCCAUGACCGGUUCAGAUAAUCAAUUUUACGGCUCAACGGGCCUUACCUGAUAUAAUAAUUUAUAAAAAAAAUUGGUUUUCAUUGCAUACAACAAUAGGCAUGAAAGAGGAAACGCAUCACGCCCUCAGCGACUUCUCGCCGACUCGGCAAAGUACAUUUCAAGCGCGUGCGUAAUAGAAAGUGCAUCCGUGCGAAACGCACAGCUUGAAAGGAAACCGCAUUCUUGCAAAACUUACGUCACGCCUUGCGGUGUCUCCACGCACAACACCAGGGCAGACAGUCGAAUCCACUUCUCGACUUUUGCCCUCAAACGACAAGCGGGAUGAAUCUCCUCACUCGAGGCUGCCCGAGUUGGCCCCAGCAGUUGGUGACCGCUCUCAUCAAGCGGCGCAAGCGCUUCCUGCAGCUGCUGGUCAUCCAGUUGCUGGUGUGCGUGGCGAUCGUGUAUCGCACGGCCUUCCUCGAGAGCUCGGUGGCCAGCCACAUCGUGUCCUACUCGUACCGCUACGUCAUCAACGACUUCGAGGCGCUGGGCACGGCCGACAGGAAGGCGCGCUUCCCGCACACGCACACCUACCUCAUCAACCACCCGGACGCGUGCGGUAGAGCCGACGAAGCGGUGCUCUUGCUGGCGCUCGUCAAAACGCCGCCGGGAAAUCGCGAAAGGCGCGACGCGAUCCGCGCCACGUGGGGGCGGCCGCACGAGGCCCUCGGGCCGGACGGGUCGACGCGCGGGACGUCUGGCGAUCGGCGCGUUGGCCACAAAUCGGAAUUGGCGUCGGACGGUGGCGAGCCGCGUGGCGAAGGCGGCAAAGGUGGGCGCGGGAUGGUGAGGGUGAUGUUCAUCGUGGGGCUUCCCAAGGACGGCGGCGGCGGAGGUGGGGGAGUGAAUUCUGCGCUGCAGGCCCGACUCCGCGAGGAGGACGCGGAGCACGGGGACAUCGUGCAGGAGGACUUUGUGGACGACUUCUAUAACCUCACCACCAAGCUGGUGGCGCAGCUGCGCUGGGUGGACAGCUUCUGCCCGCACGCCGACUUCGUGAUGAGCGUCGACGACGACGUCUUCAUCCACACGCCCAACGUGGUGCGGUACCUGCUGGGCGUCAAGCGCGGCAACGGAGGCGAGGUGCCCAGGGACUUCUGGGUAGGCCACGUGCACCGCGGCGCCCCGCCGGUGCGCUCCCGCUCCAGCAAGUACUUCGUGCCGACCGACAUCUACCCCCUGCCCGCCUACCCGGACUACACGGCGGGCGCCGCCUACGUGGUGUCGGCGGGGCUGGCGCGCCGCGCCUACCGCGCCGCGCUCACCCUGCGCCGCGACCUCUACAUCGACGACGUCUUCCUGGGGGUGUGCGCGUCGCGCAUCCCCGGCUCCCCGCGGCCUCGCUCGGAGCCCUUCCUGUGCGGCGAGGGGCGCGCCGUGCGCCACCCGUGCGCCCACGGGCGCGUGCUCAGCUCGCACGGCCACGUGGGCGCCGGCGAGAUGGCCGCGCUGUGGCAGGAGGCGGUGGUGGGGCCCGCGGAGGCGGAACGCCGGGGCGGGGGGGGGGCGGCGUCGGCGGCGCGGCGGGCGCUGUGCGGGGUGGUGAACGCGGCGCUGGUGAACCUGCCCUUCGUCCACAUCGUUUACCCCUGCGCGAUGCCGCUCUGAGCGCCGACGGGCGGCGGGGGCGGAGGCUCGGGUCGCCCGCCGGGGUCCGUGACUCUUCUGCGCGUGCGUGGGAUGUGCACGAGGAACGCGGUCGACUCGUGGUUGGGUGAAGUUUGAGUCGCGGUCGGCGAUUCAGUCGACACGCCGCCGCCGUCGUCGCAAUCAUUGGCAUCUUCAGCGUUGUUGUCAUCAUUAUCACCGUCAUCGUUUUCAUCAUGAUCGUCACCUACCUCUCAUCAUCGUCAUCACCACGAAUGUCACUCAUCGCCGUAACAAUCGUCACCUCUCAUCAUCCGUGUCACGAUCAACAACAUCACUUUCACCUCUAUGAGGUGAAAUCAAUGAGUAGAACGUUGCGAGGGUCAACCGAUCUUGAAGUGAUGUCGCGAGACCAGUCAUCCGCCAUAGGAAGAUGGAAUUUUGACCACUGUCUCAGGGCUGCUCAUGAAGACAUUGCGACUGACCGGCCGUCUUCAGGAAUUUCAUAUGAACACUCUUAUGUAUGUGAAUACACGCGCACCUACGCUGUGUCUCCGGAUACGCUCACAAACGUGAAUAGGUAAUCGACAAAACCACAGUGUAUAUAACGCACACAUUCACGCUCGUGGCAUACGCGUGCGUACAUCGCAUGCAACAGAUGCACAAAAGCGGACAGCGUAGGCGACAUGCAGACACGGAAACGGCAAAACACUGAACACACUACACUUUAAACACACGGGUUACACGACACGCAUGUUUACACGUACAUGCGUGAGCACUGGUACAAUGCUACUCUGUGCGGAUGUUUGCCGAAAAGCCAUAAACAUGAUCUCUGUAUUGGAGGACCGACUCGGGAAAACUCCAGCCCUCGCACGACCAGGCACCCCUUCCUGCUCCUCCUUUGUCCACAACCCAGGCAGUGUCACAGGGCUUGCUGCUCAUUUGCACAUCACGUGACGAAGUUUAUGAAAGCUGCGGACAUCCUGUCGACAAUCGUGCUCAGGGGGGGU